GGAGACAUGGACGGAGACUCCAGUAAAGUCAGCCCUCUGGUGGGUGAGGACAAGUUCAAGGCGUCCAACACCAAAGAUGUGGCUCUGCUGGCUCUGAUGGAGAAGACGGGAUACAACAUGGUGCAGGAGAACGGCCAGAGGAAGUACGGAGGACCGCCGCCAGGUUGGGAGGGCCCGGCUCCCCCCCGGGGCUGCGAGGUGUUUGUGGGGAAGAUCCCCAGAGACCUGUACGAGGACGCGCUGAUCCCGCUGUUCGAGAGAGCCGGCCGGAUCUACGAGUUCAGACUGAUGAUGGAGUUCAGCGGACAGAACCGCGGCUAUGCCUUCAUCAUGUACACCAACAGAGAGACGGCGCAGAGAGCCAUCCAGACGUUGGACAACUACGAGAUCCGUCCGGGGAAGUUCGUGGGCGUGUGCGUGAGUCUGGACAACUGCCGCCUCUUCAUCGGCUCGAUCCCCAAAGACAAGAGGAAGGAGGACAUCAUGGAGGAGAUGACCAAGGUGACGGACGGCGUGGUGGAUGUAAUCGUGUAUCCGAGCUCCACCGACAAGAGCAAGAACCGAGGCUUCGCCUUCGUGGAGUACGAGUCCCACAAAGCGGCGGCCACGGCCCGGAGGAAGCUCAUACCAGAAACCUUCCAGCUGUGGGGUCACUCCAUCCAGGUGGACUGGGCCGAGCCGGAGAAAGACGUGGACCAGGAGGUGAUGCAGCGCGUCAGAGUCCUUUACGUGCGUAACCUGAUGCUGACCACCGGCGAAGAAACCCUUCGCCAGGAGUUCUCCCGCUUCAAGCCGGGCUGCGUGGAGCGCGUCAAGAAGCUCACCGACUACGCCUUCGUCCACUACCGCUACCGCGAGGACGCCGUCGCGGCGCUCGGCCUCAUGAACGGGUCCCAGAUCGACGGGGCCACUGUGGAGGUGACGCUGGCCAAACCGGCGGGGAUCAAAGACGGGAGUGUGGCCGGAGGGAGGAGGUACAACAACCGGGGAUACCUGGGGAACAACGCAGGAGGGGGAGGAGGAGGAGGAGCAGCGGGAGGAGGAGGAGGAGACGGGACGUUUGUCCUGCACAGGAGCGAUGGAGGCAUGAUGGGAGGAGCUGGGAGAGGAGGGUCCCUGCAGCCGCGCCUGGGAAACCCCUUCUACACCGGAGCAG